CGACGAAUAGUUCACGUGCGGACACGGUACGUGGUAGUUCAACAGCUUCAAUAGUUCAAUUUAACAUCAUGGCCACUAAACGUAAACCAAUAAAUUCUGGUAAAUCUAAAUUAAACUUUCGCCCUACGAACGACCCAACCAAAGCAGAACCAAAAGGAACAACUCCUACAACGACACCAACGUCAGUUAAAGAAAUUGUCACCCUCAUGAUUCUUCAUAUUUGCAGAAAAUCGAUUUUCUUCGACACUAACCUCAAAAUUUGCGUCUACCUGGGAGCACUAUUUGCUGUAUCAUUGAUAGCGGAUGUCUUUCCAAUUCCAAAAUCCUACCUAUCAAAAUCGAGCAACGUCUUCAAUCAGUACUUCGUAAAGAUCGCCUGGGGUUGGAAUCUCCUACUGCUGAUACCUUAUGUACUGAUGACAUCGUUUGUCUACUGCUGCGGGCUAAAGGAACGAAUUUUAAAACACCACUUGGUACGACUAGCCAUAGCCACCUUUUUCUGGUGGUUCUGGACGUCGCUAUUCGAAUUUAUCGAGGUACGUUACGGCCGAUGCACCGCCAGAGGCGAACAGUUGAGGUGGAGACAGUCGUGUCUGAAGGCGGGACACGUUUGGAACGGCUUCGAUAUCUCAGGUCACAGCUUUAUUUUAAUCUACGGUAGUUUAAUACUUAUCGAGGAAGCGAAAAGUAUUCUCAGUUGGGACAGUAUAAAGGAACACAUUCGUUUGGAGGAUCAUUAUCGUACGACGAAGGACACGAAUAUCAAUAUGAAUCCAUUGCGUUCGUUAAGUGAUGUGCAACUGCGGGUUUUACAGAUCAAUUACGAGAAGUUUACGCCGUAUAUUAGAGGGCUAUUUGUAGUUAUGACAUUGUUUCAGCUUUUGUGGGAUAUUAUGCUAAUAUCGACAAUGCUCUAUUUUCAUAAGAUGAUUGAAAAGUUUGUAGGAGGAGCGUGUGCGAUUUUAACUUGGUAUUUUACAUACCGAUUUUGGUAUAGUCAGACGAGAAUUUUGCCUAGACUGCCCGGUGACGGGUUGUUUCGGUACAUUAAGCUGAAAAGUACCGCUUCAGCAUUGGGGAGGAAACGUUCAAGUGUAAUUUGUGGGGACGUACCCAGAUUUAUGGGUAUGCCGUUGUAUGGAUUAAGAACAGAUAAUGGUAAUUUAUCAAAUGUACAAACUGAUGAUUUAAAUAGGUAAUUUUUAAAUGUACAAAUGCGUGGCUAUAUUUAUUUAUAAAUUUAAGUAAGCGGCUAUCAAAUUAAUUAUUGUUGCAGGUGGAUGAUUAUUUUAUUUAUCUGGAUUGUUAUGUAGUUAUAGUUUAUUAAAUUCUUGUAAAAAAUGAUCAUGUCAAAAGACAAUUUUUAUACACUUCUGGGAGUUCAAAUUUCUAAUUAUACACUUUUGAUAUUGAUAUUGAAUAAAUAUUUAAAUAACA